AUGUUUGCACUAUACAGGUCAGCAAGACCACUAACAAGACUAGCACUCAUCGCACGUCUGAAUUGGACACGUCCAUCAAGUUCUGGAUCGCUUAAUGAUGAACUUGUCGGCAAACUGAAAGCAGAUCUAAAGGCCCUGAUGAAGGCUAAGGACCACAACGUUUCUAUCGUCAAGUCUCUACUUUCAGACAUUACAUACUCACAGAAAUCAGUUGGAGCAUCAAAUGCCACCAGUGUUAUGGCUAUAUUGCAAAAGGCUGUCGUGAAACGAAAAGAAGCUGCUGAAGCUUACCGAGCUGCGAAAGAAGAGACUAAAUCCCAACAGGAAGCCAGGGAAGCUGAAUGGAUUUCAAGUAGAUACAUACCGAAACAGCUAGACGGUGACGCUCUCGUCGCCAAAGUGAAGGCUGUGAUGCAAGAAGUGAAUGCGACUUCAUCAAAGGAUACUGGCAAAGUCAUGAAAGCAAUGUCAGACACAAUAUCAGCUGGAUUAGCUACUGCUAAAGCUGUCACGGAUGUCAUAAAAACACUCAUACCAAAAUAA